AUGGAUUAAACAAUCUUGUCAAAAUAAAACAACUACCCUGGUUCUUAUAUAAAGCAAGAUUUGAAGGAAGCCGAAGAAGAACACAAGGCUCAUAAAGAAUUGCAAGAUAAGAAAUAUGGACUAUAUUUUCUAUUGUUUUAAGGAUUAUUUUGGAUUUGGGAAUCCAGAUUAGUUGGGGAAACCAUACGACACAAAUUGUAUUCAAAUAGACUCUAUAAGUUUUUAGAGAAUGUAUGCGGAGUUGAUAUAGGGUUGGAAGCAUAUAAAUUCAUAUACUUUACAAAUCCAACUGAUUCAAAACAUUUAGACAGAACAGUGUGUGUUAAGGAGUGUCCAGUUUUGAAUGUAGAUAAUGAAGCAGAUGAAUCGCUGGAAUUAGAAUGCUACCCAAAUCAAGUAAUCAAUUCGUGCAGAAAUAGACCAUCCAUUGAUGAUCCAACUUACACCAUGUUAUAUUAUGAUUCUGUACCAUUCAUUGAUAUUUGUCUUCCAAAAAAAACUAGUUAUUUUGAUAACAUUAGAGAAGGCCUACAACAAUCAGGAAUUAUCACAUUUUUAUCAGACAUUAGUAAUGGGAAGAUCAUGAUAUUUGCCACUCUGACACUUUGUUUAUUGUUAAAUUAGUUAUUCUAUUUCUUGAUGAUCAAACUAUAACAGACUGCUAUAUGGGUGAUUUCAAUCUAAUCCAUAGUGGGUCUGUUUUUGUCAGGAUUCUUGGGACUAUUUUAUUAUUUGAAAUAAUCUCAAUAUACUGAACCUGUACAUAGUACUUCCAUAUCUGGAGAAGAGGCAAUAGGUAUAAUUUAAGUAGAGGAAUCUAAUAUCACCAUCAUCUUAAUUUCUAGUAUCUUUUUCCUUUUGUUUGGCAUUUAUUUCUUGGUGGAUUUAAUAUUGAAUCGUAAGACCUAUAAGACAAUGGGAAUCAAGAUAUAGAUUGUCAAUUAUUUUUUUGACUUCUCCUCUUCUGGAAUUCAACAACAAGAAGAUCAACCCUCAAGAUUCAGAGAAAUCCUGAUACUAUUGAUUGGCAGUGCAGCACUCUUAUUGAUGUUUUGUGGAUUUUGGGUGUGGAUGGCAACUAAUCUCUUCUCUAUCGGAAAGGCAGAAUCAGGAUUUUAUGCAUUUAAUACCUUUUAGUUGAGUUGGACCACAUUCAUUAUGGGAUUCAUUCAUGUGUUUGAAUUGAUUAUAGUGACCCUAGCCAUUUUAGGAAGCGAACACGUAAUAUUGAUUGGCAAAGUCAUUGAAGUGUAUAAACGAAUGGGAAUUCAGAGACAGAAAAUAGAUUCUCGUGAUCCAGAAUUAUCAUUGAUGGAUAUAUUUGAAAUUUAUGCUUUCAAUAAUUUUGGCUCGGUCGUAUUUGGAGAAGCACUCAUCUUCUUAUUAAUGAUUCCUAGAUUAUUCAUUAGGAUUUAUGUGUGGGCUAGAUAGAAGAGGGAUGCUAAUUUUUAAAUCCCAGCUAGAUUGUAGGAGAUACUGUGCAUAAAUGACAGAGCCUAUCUAUUGGCUUAUUUAAGAAAUGAUGAAUUCCUAUUGAGUGCCAAAUCUCAAUAUGUUUUUGAUUAAAAGUUGAAAGAAACAACUAAAGUUCAAUAUCAUGGAGAAUAACUAUCAGUAACUUAUUGCUUUGCUGUUGCUAAUUUAUGUGUAUCAUUUACUUACAUCUUGAUCAUCACUACCAGCACCACCAUUGGCAUUCAUUAGCCAGUUUAUUUCCUAUUGAUUUCAUUCAUUUUUUCCUAUUUCAUAUCUAUGAUGUUCUCAACAGUCUACGGAGCAACAAUUGACAAUUUGACUAUAUUGUUAUACAGAGACACCACAGCUGAUGGUAAAGUAGUUGGAACCUGUGUAAAGAAUAUCGUUAGAUUGAUGAAAGAACCAGAAUUGAAUGAAUAGGAUCAUUAAUAAUAAAAUAAUGGAUAAGAUUGA